AUGUCCCAGCCGGCUGAGGAGGUCGAUGAAGACGACGUUGUCGGCGCCGCGAGCGCCUCAGACGCUCUCGAGGUCCCAACCGCGGGCGACUUCGACCUCCUCGGAGACGUCGACGAGGAGGUCGACUGUGGUGUCCUCACGGGCAUGGCGGUCUCUCUCGCUAAGGAGCUCCGCCACACUAACGUCCGAGUUAUCCACAAUCGUCAGGAGGUUGUCAAGAGCCUUGCCGAUAAGGCCAUUAAGCUUUCGGACGUUAUCUUCGGCGUGCUUCUGCUCUGGCUUAAGCGCAACCUGCUAUGCAUCUUGAGGGGUGCUAACCACCUUAAUAGCAUCAUGCAAGGUCAUGAGUACGCGGGAGAUGAGCGUAACCCGCAUCUCCUGCGGGAACUCAUCCAAGGAAUCAGCCUAAUCCAAAGCUUCACGGACUCGAGCGGCGCCGCGGUGAUCAGGGUCAACCUGAGCCGCAUAGAGGUGUACGAGAAGUACCAACGCCUCUUGGCAAUCUUCUUAACGACGAUACCACCAACCUUACGAAACCACUACCGUUCGUUCUCGCUAUAG